AUGGUGUCAAAAACACCAUUACUCGCAGCCAAACCUCCGUCUGAUCCACCAUCACUUCAGUACAAGUCGAUUCUCUCAAUGCAACGUGGAGAGACAGAGUGGAAAGCUGUAUAUCCCAUCCUCGAGAGAUUGUAUAUGAAAGACCGUAGAAAGCUUCGACAUAUCAUGCAGAUCAUGGAGGAGAAACAUAAUUUCAAGGCAUCAAAUAUGAAUAUUGCUUGCGAGACCAAGACCUUAUCUACAAAAAAUACACCAGAGGCUCAGAAACGGCCAAGUGAUACACCGUGUCACUCUCCAAAUCCAAGCCUUUUGGAAACAAGCAGUCUUGAGUUUCUUACAAGUAUACACGACUGGAGCAUUUCAUUCUUUGAAUCACUUCGUACAGAAGGAUUACACCUACAAGAUACCCAUCCUUCCCAACAAGCCGGUAAAAUCAACCGUUACGACGCAGAAGGGUUAAGUUUCGCCUUUCGAACCAUCGUUGAGCUCAUCCAACGCGGUAAAGGCAUUCUAGCAGGCCGUUUAACCCGCAAAACGUUUCUAGACAUUGAAGCCAUGCUACACGCCGAAGCACCUUUAUUCAUCUGGAAUGUCUUGGAAAUCAUGUAUCACAUGGUUCGUCUUGGUCAGACACAGCUUCUUGGUAUGCUUCUAGCUCAACUAAUCGAGCUCGCGAGUAAUAACCAUGAGAUGACACAUCCUGUUAUUAAGAUGCUGAAAAGUUUGAAAAAAGCGGUAUAUCUUUGGGAGAAGGAUGCUACACUUGAGAAAAUGCAACUCCUUGAGCAGGCUUGGGCUUUGAAUGCGGCUAUUGUCUGCAGAAAUUACGACUCGAGACUGUUGAUUAUGUACUACCGCCUAGUCUGGGAAUCUUCUUGCGUUAAACUAGGCGUGGACCAACUUGAAGGUAUUGAUAGGUGGUUUUCAGCUGUGAAGAGCAAGAUUCCUUACGAGGACUCUUCUUUCCAACAGGCCAUUCUGUUCAGCGACCCUGCGGCAGACGGAACAAUACCACCGAAAGACUACGAGAUUACAAAAGCACUUUGUGUCUCAGCGAUACAGCAUCGCUGCACAAUGACAUUUGGGGAGUCAAAUAUGAGGAGUCUUGUGCGUCUGGGUCUGUUAAAGAGCCGUAUUCUUGAAGAAGUGGAAGGAUAUCCAGGUGACGUGAUACCACAGUCCCACACGCGGUUUCAAGCUAGAGUCAUGGCUUAUUUGGUGAAAGUUCUUGUGGACGUUGAUAGGGAACUCGGCUUGGACAUUGAUGUGGCGGACAGAAUGAGGACCAAAAUCGCUUUGCGAGAGUUUGGCUAUUCGAGUACGGCGCCGCAGGUUAUACAUGAUAUGUGGCACCUAGAAGCUUUUCUGCGAAAAGAAGGACAUAUAGCUGAAGCGGCAAAGAUAAGGAGGGAGACGUAUAAGAGGCUUGAAGAGUAUGUAGAUCAGGUCCCUGUAUAUGAGGUCUAG